UCCAUGCACGUGGAGAUGAUCUUGAUCUUCCUCUGCGCUCUGAUCAUCGCCCAGAUAGUGCUGGUGCAGUGGAGACAGAGGCACGGCCGGUCCUACAAUCAAGAAGGCCCUCACCAGAUGCCAGCCCCUCUAACUUGGACUUACCAGCCUCCAGAAUUCUGGUGACCUUGUUGCAGAUGUGGGUUGUCCCUUUGUAUUUUACGAUAAAACUUUAUUGGUGGAGGUUUCUGUCUAUGUGGGGAAUGUUCUCAGUUAUCACCAGUUAUAUCCUCUUCAGAGCUACCCGGAAACCCCUCUCAGGAAGAACACCACGAUUGGUCUACAAAUGGUUUCUUCUAAUCUACAAACUCAGCUACGCAUUUGGUGUUGUGGGUUAUUUGGCUAUCAUGUUUACAAUGUGUGGAUUCAACUUAUUUUUCAAAAUCAAAACUAGAGAUUCCAUGGAUUUUGGCAUCGUAUCCUUGUUCUAUGGCCUCUACUAUGGAGUAAUGGGGAGAGACUUUGCCGAGAUCUGCUCAGAUUACAUGGCUUCUACUAUAGGGUUCUACAGCAUCACUGGAAUGCCCACGAGGAGCCUGUCAGACGGUAUCUGUGCCGUCUGUGGCCAGAAGAUCAUUGUGGAGCUCGAUGAGGAAGGGCUCAUUGAGAGCACCUACCAGCUUUCCUGCAAUCAUGUCUUUCACGAAUUCUGCAUCCGAGGUUGGUGUAUUGUUGGUAAAAAGCAGACUUGUCCUUACUGCAAAGAGAAGGUUGAUCUGAAGCGGAUGAUCAGUAAUCCCUGGGAGCGCACGCAUUUUGUGUACGGACAAAUCCUGGAUUGGGUUCGUUACCUGGUGGCCUGGCAACCUGUGGUCAUAGGAAUAGUUCAAGGCAUUAACUAUUCACUAGGGCUAGAAUAGUACAGCAGACUUACCCCAGAAGCAAUAUAUGGCAUGGUUGACAUAUUAUUAAACCCUUGGUUCUACAUUUAAUAUCGAUUUUUUUUUAAUUUUGCAGAUGAUCCCAAGAGUUUAGAAAACUAAAUAAAAUUUGGUGUCAUACUUAAAGCAGUUUGUCUCUGUGAAAAGAAUUUGAAGAGAAACUGAACAAUGGAAGAAAUAAAGCGUGCUUUCUCAUCUUUCCCAUUA